GCUGCAGGGGGAACGGUUUAAGGCGGGCACAUGACACAAAGUGAGCCCUCCAUUGACGACCUUAAUGCGAGCCUCUAACGCCACUCUUCAAACUCUGUAACGAACGUCCGUAUACGUUUUUUGAGUGCAUUUUCACCCUGAAAUGUCACCGAAAAGCCGAACAUUUUGUAGCAAAGAUGAUUAACAGUUGGCAUCAGGUGUGUUGGCUUCUCACCUCAUCGUCAAAGUCCUCGCCAAUGCUGAACAGCCCACUCAAUUUGCAGCUCUGUAAAAAAGUCAAAAUAAAACAAAGGAUUCUUCCCGCCAAGCUUAUUUAACAAAUAAAGUUUUAGCAAGUAACAUUUUAGUCUUUUAUGCUAAUAAAAAACACUGCACCGGAAGUCACGUUAGAAUGCUAACUUCCACAGGAGGCUAACAAACGUGCUUACCAUGGCAGGCAUGAGACACCACGAUCAGUGCAAACGACGUCCAAAGCCAUCCGAUGACAAUCAAUCUGACUGUUUAGUCUUUUAAACGUCUGUUGUCCGUCAGAAAGUAGUCGUUGUCGAAGAAAGAGCUCUGUCGUCGAUGCUUGAGCCCGCGAUUCACGUUCAAACGUGAUGACGUAGUACGUGACAAUGCGGAAGUGGAGCGACCCGCUGCUUCGUUGAAACCUUACAAAAAAAUAACGUCGACGACUGUGUUCGACCCCCAAGUGUAAGAUCAAGCAAGACAAAGGGACAACGGCGGUUUUAAUGAUGAAACCUCUCAGUUGAAACCUGCUACUGCGUUCAGCUCCUCCACUAAAGGUGAAAGCGCCAUGUCAAAGAACACGUUCCCAUUCACCACCACCACCCUGCGCUCCCUGAGGCUGGAGCAGGAGUUCCAGGACUGGGAGGAUGCACGGCAAGCUUUGGCCCGCAGGAGAGCCCCCAGGCAGCGGCGCCUCCAGGAGGUCAGAGCUCCCCCUCCUCAGGCCCGAUGCCGAGACCCGGCCAUCCAUAACACUUUCAUGUGUGGAGACAUGAAGGGCGUGUACGCCGUUCUCAAGGACCCCGCCAUGGUCAACGCCCUGAUGGAGACGGUACAUGAGGAGAUGGUGUGGGCCCCAGAGAUGGGCAUGUGGACCAUGAGUUCCAGGGUGAAGCAGACGUCCGCUUUGCGACUGGCUGCCGGACGAGGACACGCGGCGUGCGUGGAGGAGCUCCUGUUCCGUGGGGCCGAGGUCAAUGACGACCCCGGGGGCAGCACCGCGCUCCAUGACGCUUGCGCGGGGGGUCACGGCGUCUGCGUGCAGCUGCUGCUCUCUCACGGAGCAGAUCCUCAGGUGUUGGCUGCGGACGGGAGCGCUCCUCUUCACCUGUGCACCUCGCCUCUGUCGUUCCAGUGUGCAAAGCUGCUUCUAGACGGUGGCGCCGAGGUCAACGUGAGGACCAAGGACUCCAGGCUGACUCCGCUGCACGUGGCCGCCCUGCGGGGCCUGGACGACCACGUGGAUCUCCUGCUCGCCCGCGGAGCCGAUGUCUUGGCCACAAACCGGGAGGGAGAAACCCCCCUGAAUGCGGCGUGCUCCAAGGCCGAGAGGCCGUCCGAGGCGGGGCGCUACCGGCGCGUGGUACAGAGUCUGCUCCACGCGGGGGCCGACCCGCAAACGGCGGGCAAGAAGCUGCACACGCCGCUGCACAACGCCUGCGCCAACUGCUGCCCCGGGAUUGUGGAGAUUCUUCUGCAGCAUGGAGCAGAAGCUGGUGUUAGCAACUGUGCAGGAUACACGCCCAUGGACUGUGUCCUACAGGUGGUGGAAGACUACGUAGACCAGCAUCCUGAAGAUGUGGUUCGUAUCCUCCUCAACCACGGAGCCAAGCCAGUUGCAACAAAGAUGCUGAGGUCGUGCGUUCUCUCUGCCGCCACAUUGGAGGUGAUACUCAACUCGUACCCGUCCAUCCCCCCGUGCGACUGGAUGGACGGCUGCGUGUCCCGGGAGAUAUACCAGGGACACCCAAGCUUCUUCGACUUGGUGCGUCAACGCAGCGGUCAGCCUCGCUCUCUGCAGCAUCUGUGUCGCUGCACUUUGCGGGGACAUUUCGGGGCGCUGUGCGGCUCAAAAGUGAGUGGCUUGGACAUUCCCGGCAGCCUGAAGGAUUACCUGCUGCUGCACAAUGACGGGACUCUCCACUGAACUCUUGACUCAGUUUCUCUACGAUUUUGUUUGUUUUUAAAACUUGUUUUGGCUUCCCCAGCGUGUCAUAUUGGCACUUUCACCGCCUUUUGGGUCCGAUACCCUGCAAAUAAAAACGUUCAAAAAACAAACAACAAAAGUUGUUUCUCCCUCCAAAAGAUUUGACAAAUACUGAGCCAAUCAUUCAAUAUAAAUCCAAUAUAUCUCUUACAGACACCCAGAAAUAU